CACGUUAACAUUUGGUCGAAUAAUUUAACACAUAUUACUGUUACAACCUAUAUAUAUAUCUUGUAUCAAAUGUAAUUUGUUGCAGGCGGUGCUCGUUAGGAUAUGCAGACUGUGAUUAGGUUUGCAGCAGUAGCGGUCCCUAUGGGUUUGCUGCUCUCCAGAACCAUGGCAUGGAUAUCUAGUGGCAAAACUCAUGCAGAACUCAUCACACGUUUAAGAGAUCAUGGGGUUAUCCGAAGAGAUCGAGUGUUUAAUGCUAUGCUUGCCACUGAUAGAGGGAUUUAUUCCGGAGACCACCCUUAUUCUGACUCUCCCCAGUCCAUAGGAUACAAGGCUACCAUCAGUGCUCCUCAUAUGCAUGCACAUGCCCUUGAGGUUCUCAGUGACAAGUUAACAGAAGGAGCCUCAGCCUUGGAUGUGGGCUCAGGAAGUGGCUAUCUUACUGCAUGCUUUGCCAGAAUGGUAGGCCCAUUGGGAAAGGUGGUGGGAAUUGACCACAUAGAAGAGCUGGUUCAAGCCUCUUUGAAAAAUGUCAAGGCAGAUGAUCCAGAGUUGCUUGCCUCUGGGCGAAUUAAACUAGUGGUGGGCGAUGGACGGUUGGGUUUUCCUGAUGAAGCUCCCUAUGAUGCCAUUCAUGUUGGAGCAGCUGCUCCUACACUUCCUAAAGCUCUCUUGGAGCAGUUGAAACCAGGAGGGAGAUUAGUUUUGCCUGUGGGCCCAGAGGGUGGAAGCCAAGUUCUUGAGCAGUAUGACCGACAGAGUGAUGGCACGUUCCUCAGGAAAGCACUGAUGGGUGUGGUUUAUGUCCCACUGACAGACAAACACCGCCAGUGGCCAAGUGAUGAGCUCUGACUGCAGUAUCGUUGCCCCUGCAGGAGAUGGCCAUGGUGCUGUGGUUCAGCAAGCGAUUAGGCCUGAGAGAAGGCCUCUCAUCCCAACUCGCCCUGCUGCCUAGCAACAUACUUGCCUGGAUCAUUCUGAUUCUUAAAACUGAAGUGCAAAAUGCAGCAGUUGCUAGAGGACAGAAAUGAAUGCACUUAUCAAAAGGUUGAUGGAUUCACUCAGUUUCUGAGGAGUUCCCCCUUCUUUUACCUAAACUGUGUUUUGAGUGAUCAAAGACUUUGCUAGGAAGGUGUGAUCUUAGUAUGCUUCAUAAAUGGUCAUAGGUUCAGCUUUAACAUACCAUACAGCAAAAGGAAUAAUGCAGAUAGAAAACAGUUACCUUGAAAUGUAGCUUCUCCCAUGCUACCUUUGCAAGAUGAAUCCUUUUGAUGUGUAAUUACCACUAAGUUAUAUGCCAAGGCUUUAAUAAAUAACAAACAGACAUAUCCUAUACUUGUAAUUAUUGAAAUAAAGAAUGAGUUUAAAACGUAUUCUCAAACACUUAAUCUACAUGUAAUGAAAUGUACACAAACUAUAAUGCCUUGUACUUUUAUAAUCAAUAUAAAUGUGCAUAUACAAUAUAGUUGCGAAAUGUAUGUGAACCCUUUGUAAUUAGCUGGUUUUCUGCAUUAAUUGGUCAUAAAUUGUGAUCUCAUCUUCAUCAAAGUUACAAGUAUAGACAAACACAAUGUGCUUAAGCUAACAACACACAAACAAUUAUAAUGUUUCAUGUCUUAAUUGAAAAUCCCAUUAAACAUUCACAGUGCUUUGGAAAAAGUAAGUGAACCCUUGGAUUUAAUGACUGGUCAAUCCUCCUUUGGCAGCAGUAACCUCAACCAAACGUUUCCGGUAGCAGCAGUUUAGACCUGCUUCUGAUCAACCAUAUUCUCAGGAUGUUUGGUGUUAACGGCUCUCUUGAGGUCAUUCCACUACAUAUCUAUUGGGUUGAGGUCUGUGCUCUGACUGGGUCACUCCAAAAGGUGGAUUUUCUUUUUUUUAAUCCAUUCUGUAGUGGAUUUUCUUCUAUGUUUAGGGUCACGCCAUACAUAGUGCUGCAUGUUCUAUCCAAACAAUUCAGUGUCAAGGUGGUCUUUCAUGUUUCAAAUUCAUGUUUUUGUUGGAAAGCAGCAUCUUCCUUCAUGGUGUACAGCCAUGGACACCAUGCCUGUUUCAUGUUUUCUGUAUAGUAGACUCAUGAACAGAGAUGUUAACCAGUUCCAAUGAUUACUUCAAUUCUUUAAUUGUCACUCUAGGAUUCUUUUUUUUUUAAUCUCCUUGAGCAUUCUGCAGUGUGCCCUUUGAGUCAUCUUGGCUGGACGGCCACUUCUAGGGAGAGUAGCCACGGUACUAAAUCAUCUCCAUUUAUUAGCCUAGGGUUUCUCAUACUUUUUUCCAAACUACACUGUGAAUGUUUGAAUUAUGUAUUCAAUAUGUACAAGAACAAUACAGUAUGUUGUGUGUUAUUAGUUAAAAACCGAUUGUUCUUAUUCAUUGUUGUAUCUUAAAUGAAGAUCAAAUCAGAUUUUAAGACAAAUUUAUACAUAUAUACAGGAAAUUACACAAUUUUUCUUGCCACUGUAUAGUGUAUAUUGACCUAUGUAGAGGUCAAUAUACUGUAAUAUAUUAAUUUAUUACAUUUUAGAUGGAUUCACUCAGUUGA